GAAAGUAUUUUUUUUUGAGAAAAAGAUUUGGAAAGUUAGCCAAGUGGGUGUCUGAGUUUUGUUCGAUCGAUGGCUACUUCUACAGGUCGAUGGCUAUCAGUAGACGUGAAAAGAUUAAACCGAGUGCAGGAAGCCAAACCGACGGGCAUGGUGAAAAUUAGCUUCAUCCGUAGACAUCUAAAACUCCGACGGGCGUCUGUCAACGACGUCGUAGUGUUUGAUGAUCGGAGAACCACUUUGAGGCCUGACCUUUUCCUCCAAGUUCCUAACCAAGUUCUCCUACACCCGCCCUCGCACGAAAACUUCAUCUCCGCCUCACUCUCAACCCUCGGCCUCCCGAUUUGUCCCAGGUGUUCCCACGACCACACGGCGGAGCGCAUCGUGUCUCACGCCCUGCGCCUGGCCGCCGCCCCAACCGGUCUCAUGGGGUAUUUCAUGGCGGUGGAGUUGCGAGACGUCAAAGUCGAACACUUUGCGGGCACAUCAAGACGCGCGAUCGAGAAGUUGAUGGAGAAGGGCGGCUUCGUUGCAGAGAAGAGUGAUCAAGAAUUGGGCACGUGCAGUAUCUGUUUGGAUGAGCUAAUUUCGUCGUCGGAUCGGACGGAGGAGCUUCUUCGGAUGGAUUGCUCUCAUCUUUAUCACCAAUCUUGCAUUCUUCCCUGGCUGGAAAAGCAGAAUACUUGUCCCUACUGCCGCCGCGAGGUGGAGGAAGAAGAAUGAUGUUCGAUUCUUCAUGCUUCCGCCCAGUUUCCUUAGUUUUUGAUU